UGUGACAGAAAUCUGCGCUUGUUCGCUCGAGCGCGUCUCAUUGAGGUCCACACGCGCGGCAUGAAUCUCAUCGCAGCGUUUAUUUACUCAGACGACAUUACUGUGGUCAGGUCUAUUGUGUUUUAUUGCUCUGAGAUGUGUGCUCAGGAUUAAAUCGGAUGGAGCAGCGGUACGCCGUUAAGCAAGCAACCGAGAGGAGAGCGAUAUUUGCGUUCAAUCUGAGAAGAAUGGACACGCAAAAUAUGAUGCAGUGCAAGUGUCGUCAUCUGAACAUCCGUUAUUUCUUUUAAACGGAAACAGCUAAGCAAGAUUUAUCACGGAUAAUCCUUGUAGCCUCAUGGAAACAACCUUUUGGACUAUAUAAGGUAGAUUAUUGUUUAUAUAAAUAUAUAUUUUAAUAGGCUUGAUAAAUGUCUUUAAUAUCUUAAGGUUUGGGUAUUCGCAGACCAUCCAAGUAUUAUUAAUUUAUUCGGGUCAUCAUUAAGAAUUCAUACUGACAUUUCCGUUGGGAUUUGGGAAUAUUAUCUCUGAUGCAGUGGAAUGCGUUGUCUUCAUAUGAGCUGUGACUUCAUAUGAGUUUAGUCAUUAUUUUGCUGUCCCAAGAGCACCUUAAUGAGAUUACUUGGCUGAAUGAAGCGGAUGCAUAGAUGCUGAAGAAGAAGAGAGCUGGAAGAGAACAUCAUUGGAGUCACGGACAGACUGCCACAUCCACGCUGAACGAAUCACGGUGACAUCUGGCGCUAAAACUGCUUAGUCUGUCGCGACAUCUGUGAGCUGUUCUGUCUGUACUUGAGUUUUUAGGCAACAUUCAGAGAGGACCGAAUCCUGAUUUAAACCACAGAGCACCAAAGUCUAAACUAAAUGCAGAGUGGACUGAAAUCAUAAAAGUAGAUUCAACCCAGACACUGUCUGAUUUUCAGACAGGACCUGGAUCCAGUCUCAAUCUAGAUAGGACCUGAAUCCAGACUGAGUUCAUAAAGGACUAGACUGAAUCCAGAUACAACCUGAAUCCAGACUCAAUCCAGAAAGGAAGAGAGUUCGGACUGAAUCCAUAAAGGACCUGAGUGCAGUUUGAACUCAAAGCGCAUCUAAAACCAAAUUGAAUCCAGAUUUAACCUAGAUCUAGAUUUUAUCCAGAUUUAACCAGAAUCCAGUAUCAAUCUAAAUGGGAUCUGACUCCAGAAAAGACCUAAAUCUGGACUGAAUCCAGACAGGACCUGAAUCCAGCUAAAACCUAAAUAAAGAUUUAAUCCAGAUCACACCAGAAUUCAGACUCAAUCCAGAUAGAACUGAGUGCAGUUCGAAUCCACUGUGGAUCUGAGUCCAAACCAAAUCCAGAUAGAACCUUGAUCUAGAUUCAGAUCAGAUCAGAAUUCAGACUCAAUUCGGAUAGGAGCUCAAUCCAGAUAGAAUUAAGUGCCGUUCAAAUCCACUUUGGAUCUGAGUCCAAACUGAAUCGAGAUAGAACCUUAAUCUAGAUUCAGUCCGGAUAGGAUUUAGGCCUGAGAACUGAAUCCAGACUAAAUAAAGUUUUAACCUAAUCAUCCAGGGGACCUGAGUCCUAUUUGAAUCCAUAAAGUACUGAAUCCAUCUAUGAUCCCUGGGACACCUGCAGCGAUGCUCCCAGCCACAGAGGCAGCCAAGAUCUACCAGACCAACUAUGUCAGGAACUCUCGUGCCAUCGGGGUCCUGUGGGCCAUCUUCACCAUCCUCUUUGCCAUCGUCAAUGUGGUAUGUUUUGUUCAGCCCUACUGGAUCGGGGAUGGCAUUGACACGCCACAGGCUGGUUACUUCGGCCUCUUUCACUACUGCAUAGGGAACGGAAUAUCCCGAGACCUGACGUGCCAGGGGACCUUCACUGAGUUUAGCUCCAUCCCGUCUAGCGCCUUCAAAGCUGCGUCCUUCUUCAUUGGAAUGUCCAUGGUGCUGGUCCUCUCCUGCAUCGGCUGCUUCGCCUUCUUCUUCUUCUGCAGUACAGCCACUGUGUAUAAGAUCUGUGGGUGGAUGCAGCUGUCAGCAGGUGUGUGUCUGGUGUUGGGCUGUAUGAUAUAUCCUGAUGGCUGGGAUGCUGAUGAGGUGAAGAGGAUGUGUGGAGAAGGGACAGACAAAUACACCAUCGGAGCAUGCUCAGUGCGCUGGGCGUACAUCCUGGCCAUUAUGGGCAUCUUGGACGCCCUUAUUCUCUCUUUCCUGGCUUUCGUACUGGGCAACAGGCAGGAUGGACUCAUGUCCGAGGAGCUGCUGGGAGACAAGAAUGGAAGUGCAUAGACAGACGCCAGAUACACGCAGGUGUUUCUGUCUCGUUCAAGGAAAAUCAUUAUAUGAAAUCCCAAUCCAGCUUUACCCAUCAUCCCGAGGACAGGAAGCCUGACUGCAGCAGUUUGAAAAAACGUUAAAGCGAAGGAUGCAAACUGGGUGAAUGGAGUUGGGAACUCACUGCUUUUCUGUCCAUAUAUCCCUUCUUUGCACAUCACUCCCUGGAAUUGCUUCUCAAGAAAUCCCUCUCCUAUUCUGAUUUACCGUGUUCUGUGCUACUAACAUGAUAGGGCAGCUAAUGCACCGUUUAGAACUAACUUCGACUUGGAUUAAUAAUAAUAAAAAAAAGUUAUUUAUUUUAUGUUUCAAAAUGUACAAUUAUUUGCCCACAACACUAUCCAACGUUGUUUAAAGGGGUAUGUAAACAGAAGUUGAGAGUUCACUGUUAAUACAUUUUAAAAAUAAGUGUCAAAAUUAGGGGCAGACUUCUCUGCCAUUAGUAAUUGUGCGCAAGUCAAGUAUAUACAGAAGUAGGAGAGUGUUUUAAGUAUUAUGUAUUGAGUGUAUAUGUUGAAUUUCUGUACGUCUCUAAUUCGAUAUUUACUUCUCGGCAGUGUUGGUGCUGUAUAGUUAUGUGUGCCAUAAUUAUGAUGUUCUCAGCUGGUACCGUUUUGUACUCUUGGUAUACUCAUUCUGUUUGACCAAGAUGAACGAACAGCCUAGGAUCACCAAUCGAAAAAAUGAAAACGCCAUGGGAAAACCUGGAGAACGCAAAAGCCCGCAGGAAAUGACCUCCCUGUGUACCUAGUGGCACUCACUCCUUCCCUUCUUAGACAGCUGAAGAGUUUGGACAAUGCUGGAGGAAGUUCUGAAGGGAAAGGGAAAAAAAAUGGUUUGCUUUAUUUAUUGGGUGUCCGUCUUGUCAGAUGAUGUUGUAUGUAGAAAAUGCUGUAAAUACACCAUUAAAAUGUAUUGGUUAUAAAAGUCAAUUAAAGACAAUUCACCCACAUUAAAGAAUAAAGAUUUUACCUCUACGACUACAAUCAGGAUAUUUUAUUCUGAGCGUUGUUGUAAAGAACAAA